UGUAAGCCCAGUCUUGCCCCAUCCUCACGAUGCCGGGGUCUUCGGAUGCAGUGGCGCCGCUGCCUGUGAGGGGCAGGAACCCGACCACUGACCUAAGGAAGAUGCGCAGAAUCAUCAGCGAGGACCCAGGGUGGUCUCUGGCCCUCGUGGCCCCGCUCAGCGAACUCUGUCUGCAGCACAUUGUCAAGAACUUUGAGCGGAACCCCGUCGUGGACGAGCUGCUCCCCAAGCACAGGGCCAAAGUUCUGUCCGGCCUCUCGCCGGGGCUGCCGCUGCGGGUCACGGCCGGCCUCAUCGGCCACGACGACUACUGGAGGCGCUGCUGCGGCGAGCGCUGGGGCCCCUGCGACGUCUCCCGGCACGGCGGCAGCUGGAAGAGGCUGUUCUUCGAGCGACACCUCCAGAACCUCAUCGAGUGCUUCAUCCCCGACCUGACCGGCCCCGGGGCCAUCUUGGAGGUGGCAGAGUGUGGCAGGGACCACGUGAAGAAGCUGGACAUCCAGCAGCUGCUGCCUCCUGUGAGGCUCGAGGUUAAGAAGGAGGAAGAGACCGAUGAGGCUUCUGACUCGGGGAGUGACGCCGGCUCGGAGCUGCCUUCCAUGGACCACUUCUCCCUGCGGCUGAUCGCGGCGUCCCUGGCCGGCCUGGAGGAGCUUCACCUGGUGUACGGCGUCAAGGGCUGCGGCAUGAACUUCGAGUGGAAGCUCUUCUGCUUUACGGAGCGAGACUGCAGCGAUCUCGCCGGGGCGCUCACACUGCUGAAAAACCUCAAGGUCUUCAGACUCCACCGCAGUAGAGUGCAGGACGAGGCGGUCCGCGUCCUCGUCGCGAGUUUGUUGGAUCUCCCAUCUCUGAGCCGCCUCGACCUCUCCCACAACCUCAUCUCGGACCGAGGGGCCCGGGCCGUCGGCAAGCUGGUGGCGCGGGGCCAUCUGCGGGCCCUGAACCUGUGUAACAACAACGUGCGGCACCGCGGGGCCCAAGCCCUCGCGCACGCGCUGUCUCACAGCAACGCUCUCACCGCCCUCAACCUGCGGCUCAAUCGCAUCGGGGACGAGGGGGCGCAGUCUCUCUGCCGCGCUCUCCUGCACAACACCAGCCUGACGACGCUCCACCUCGGCAGCAACGAGCUGUCGGAGCCCACGGCCGCCGCGCUCUCCCAGCUGCUGUCUCAGAACACGUCUCUGCAGAGCGUCAGCCUCUCCUGUAACCGCAUCGGCCCGGACGGGGGGAAGCAGCUGCUGGACGGCGUGUCGCAGAAUCGCGUUCUCUUGGAGUUGGACGUCCGGCUGGCGGCCGCGGGGCAGGAGAGCGACUUCCUCAUCCAACAGACCCUGCGCGGCAACCGGGAGCGCGCCGGACGGGAGGCUGACCGGGGGGCCCCGCGCACCGGACGGGAGGCUGACCGGGGGGCCCCGCGUGGCCCCCAGUAUAGUGCAAAGAGCCUCAUUUCACAAUAAACGUUAUUCUGUUCUUCAG